AUGGGCGUCCCAAAACGCGGGUUGCUACUUGCAGCCUCCGCACUAUCCUUCCUGCGAGCGCGCGGCGCGGUACAGGGGGGCGGUUACAUCAGCAGCACAGCAGCUAUCUUCACCAUUCUAUUACUGGUGAAGUGGUUCUAUGAGAUAUUAAUUUAUCCGCAUUUCUUGAGUCCGUUGAGGAAGUUGCCGCAGCCGGAGAACACAAACCCCAUCCUAGGCAACUUCCUCCAGAUCUUCAAUCUAGCAACCGGGGAGCCGCAUAGGGAGUGGAUUGAUGAGGUACCGAAUGAUGGUGUUAUCUACUAUCGGUGGUUGUUCAAUAGUCCGAGGGUGUUGGUUGCAAACCCGAAGGCUAUGGGUGAGGUGUUGGUGACGAAGAGUUAUGAGUUUGUUAAGCCGGCGAGGUUGAGGGAAGGGUUGGGGAGGUUGCUUGGGGUGGGGAUUUUGUUGGCCGAGGGGGAGGAACAUAAGCGCCAAAGGAAACUCCUAAUGCCGGCCUUCAACUUCCGCCACGUCAAGGACUUAUACCCCAUCUUCUGGUCCAAAUCACAAGAAAUGACCAACAAAGUCGCUGAAACAAUAACCGCCAGUCCAGACUCUGAAUCCGUCGUUGAAAUCCGUGAAUGGGCAUCCCGCGCUACCCUCGACAUCAUCGGCGUCGCAGGCAUGGGCAAAGACUUCGAUGCCAUCACAAACCCCAAGAACCCCCUCAACGAAACCUACCGCAAAAUCUUCGGCAGCAACCGCAACGCACAAAUCGUUCAGUUACUCCUCGGUUUCCUACCGCACUGGCUCGCCGCCUCGCUCCCGCUAAAACGCAACGACGAAAUCGGAAACUCCAUCGCCACCAUCAAAAGCGUCGCCGCCUCACUCAUCGCGGAGAAGCGAGAAAAGCUAAAAUCCGGCUCCACGGGCACCGACAUCCUGAGCGUGGCUUUGGAAUCCGGGGGCUUCAGCGACGAAGAUUUGGUAAACCAACUAAUGACGUUCCUGGCCGCAGGCCACGAAACCACCGCCUCAGCCCUAACAUGGGCCGUAUACUGCCUGUGCUUGCACCCCUCUGUGCAAACCCGUUUACGCGCCGAACUGCGGUCUGAACUCUCCUCCGCCCUCUCACCAAACGGCACAAUCACAUCGUCAGAAAUAGACCGCUUACCUUACCUCAACGCCGUCCUAAACGAAACUAUGCGCCUCUUUCCCCCUGUGCCCCUCACACUCCGCGAAGCCGCACACGACACCACGAUUCAAAACCACUUCGUCCCCGCCGGCACAACCGUCGUCAUUUGUCCCUGGGCUAUCAAUACCAGCGUGCACCUCUGGGGCGACGACGCCAAGGAUUUCAACCCGGAGCGUUGGUUGAAGCCUGGAAUGGCGAAUUCAGGCGGCGCAGACAGUAAUUAUGCGGUUUGCACGUUUUUGCAUGGGCCGAGGAGUUGUAUUGGGAAGGAUUUUGCAAAGGCGGAGUUUGCGUGCUUGGUGGCGGCUUUGGUGGGGAGGUUUGAAGUGGCGUUUGAGGAGGCGGGGUAUGAGUUGAAGAUUCAGGGGGGGAUUACUGCGAGUCCUAAGGGGGGGUUGAGGGUUAGGGUGAAGGAGGUUUAG